UUCAUAUUUGUUGCUAUCUGGCCCUUUUGGUGGCACUCUGAAAGCACACUGCCUACCAUGGAAACCAGUCACAUUUUCUGAGUACACCAGCGCUCAUGUGAAGACAAACCAAACUUUCCAAUGACCACAGACCCGCAUAGCUUUGAGCAAAUUCCAUUCUCAAUCCUCCCAUUAUAGGCCCCAAGAUAAGGAAUCAAGCUCUCAUCCAAACCAGACAGCCAUUUCUCCUGGUCGCUCCUCUCUUCUACUCUCACUACUAUAGAAAUAAAGCCACAGGAUUUGUUUUUAAGCAUAUAUACACCAAGCCUUUGCCUCUCUACCUUGCUUUCCCAAUCGCUACCAUGCAAGCCUCAGAGACAUUCAUGCGAGCUUUCCUCAAACGCAUGCUCUUGGGUCUCCAAGUAGCUGGUGUUUCAUCCGAGAGCAUGACCAUCCAAGAGAGAGAGAGUGCCAUUAAGCUCUCGGCCGAUGCCGCCUUGGCCGGCGCUAGAGGCAGCACAAAUUGGACUCGUGCCCUCAUUGCUAACCUUUCAAAACAAGCGAGGAGCAAGGCCCUCCUGAGGAGUAUCCUCGGGAAAGAUUAUGAGAGGCUAACCAAGCCAUGCCACCACACGUGGAAGAUCCCGAGAAGUAGGAAGAUCUUGAGGAGGAGUGUCAGGGUGUGCUCGAGGAGGAGAAAUGCUCUUCGUGCACCUGCAACAAGUGUUCUUGCCAGGGUUUUGGUGAAGAAGAGGACUCAGGUUCUCAAAAGACUAAUACCAGGGGGUGAGUCCUUGGAUGGCUUCUAUUUGUUGGAUGAGACUUUAGAUUAUGUCGUCUCUCUCCGAGUUCAGGUUGAUCUCAUGCAACGCCUUUUGAAGGCCGUUGAAGCCUCAAAUCUCAGAUCUCCCAAUGUGCUGCAAGCAAGGGAGGCUUCAAGUUUUCGUAAAUGAGGGGCUUCAGAGAUAGCUGCCUCUUAAUCUCCCAAAACAAUAAGAGGAAGAAACAACUCGGACCCAAGAAAGGCUUCCAUAGAUUGUAGCAUGGGAGGCAACGUAAUGAGUGUCUUAGCCUGUCAACUCUACUGAAGAUGAUGAAGAAAUUAUGUUGGUUUCUACAUAUCGUAAGGCCAAGCCGCAAAGAGACAUGAGCUUGGGUUUGUAUCUAUAUGAUUGUUAGAUUGUAUCGAGAGAGAAUGAUGUUAGGGUUUCCAAAGCUUCGGAUAGCAUUUCCAUGCUGAUGGCAUUAUUAGCUAAUAAAUAUAGAAUUACAGUGCGGCAUGAGUUCAAA